UCACCGCUACUGAGGAAGUAUGGAAAGAUUACUUAAAGUCACACCCAAGUCACAACAAACUUCGAGGAAAGACUAUGAUUGAUUAUGAGUAUUUAAAGAUUGUUGUUGGGGGUGGAGUUUCUACCGGGAAUAAUUCCAUAGCGGUAGAUCCAGAUGAUACAGAUGCAACAACUUUAGAGCCAGAAAAUGCAACAACUUAUGAGCCAGAAAAUAGAAGUGUUGGGAUAGAAGAAUUUUCAUAUGAUGCUAAUAGUGACACAUUUGUCCCUCCAGAUAACUAUGAACCACAAUAUCAACCUCCAUCACCAAGCCAACCUAGUCCACCAUCUCAUCCCCCUUUAAAUUCAGAGGUUCCCUUAGAAAGACAAAACAGUCACAAGAGAAAGAGAUUCGAGUAUGGAGGAAGUUAUACCACUGUUGGGAUCAACAAUCAAGACAAUGUUAUGAGAAACCUUUCUGUUGGCAUUGAGACUAUUGCUGUGAAUUUUGAAAAAAUAUCUAACAUGAUGGAGAAAAGAGAAAAAGAUAGAGAUAGAGAUAGAGAGCUCGAGGGUAUUAUUUGGGAAGUUAUAAAAGAUAUUCCAAAUUUGAAUGACAUGACGCGUUUCAAGACGGCUGAAUUGUUGAAUACUAAAGCAAAAAAGGACUUUUUCUUAAAGAUGUCAUCAGAAGAACGCUCAUCUUGGAUAAAAUUCAAGUUAGGGGAUGAUUAAUAUUUUGAUCAUCUAUUAUUUAAAAUAUUAUGUUAAACAUCGUGAGUUUGUUGAACUAUAACUUUUGGGUCUCUAUUUUGGUUGUA